AUGGCUCAACAUCAGUCUUCUCCGACAUCACAGGCACCUGAGUUUGUGCCAGAUCAACAUAGGUCGAACUUUGGCUUCGUAGGCUCAGACAGCUAUGAGUACUUCGAAAGGCCUCAAUCAGCCUUUGAGCAAAGGAGAUCACCUGUGCCCGAAUAUGAACGCUACGAGAAUCACGCGAGGACGACAUCGCCUCAGAUAUCGGCUGCCUCCCCGCCGCCACCUAGCUCAGACAUAGGUAGGUCGCCAGCCAUGUCGGAUUCUGGCUUCUCAACAACGAAGCCACCACUGUCACCGUCAGCACAAUACUCCGAGGUCAACUCACCUGGCCUACAGUUGUCAUACGAUUCUGCCGACAAAGAAGCAGUAUACAGCCCAGAACCGCCACGGUCAAAGGUUCCCUCGUACUAUGCAUCUCCCAUGCCGGGUACAAUUCACCACCAGAACUCAGAUGAUCGACCUCAAGUCUUCAACACAAUACCUGACCAGUACCACGAAAAACCGAAGAAGAAGAAGAAGCUCUACAAGCGUUGGUGGUUUUGGCUUUUACUGCUGCUCAUAGUGAUAGCCAUUGCAGUUGGCGUCGCAUGUGGUGUAAUUUUUGGCAACAAAAAAGGUAACAGCUCCACGUCAUCAGGCAGCACUGGCUCUGCAAACGGCACUACUACGAAUACCACGGGCGACAAUCCCAACGUGGAUUUGAGUACUGCUGUUGGGGGUUAUAUUAAUCCAGCCUACUACUCCAAGUCUGGUGCCUGGAAUGGAAGUGGUGUAGCCAUCGCCGCAGCUAACUCUGCAGCCGAUCAGACCAUUUAUGCCUUCUACCAGGACCAUAAUGGCGUCAUCCAAUACACGUAUAUGGAUGAGAGAUACGAGUGGACACUCAUUGGCCAAGUCAACUCUGACAGGUACCCUGCGCUCAAUGGGACACCGUUAUCCACGGUACAGCAUGCAAUAGGCUCUCAACUUGUCUGGCAUCUCUUCUAUAUCGAUCAGAAUUACUACAUCCGUGAGCGUGUUAUCACUAACGACACAACAAAUGGUCCUGCUGCUGUUUGGAGUGACGGUCCUCUCAGCGCGAAAAAUUUAAGAACUUGGCAGGCUCCAGCAGCGCAGCUUCAGGCAUGCUAUUUUGGUAAUUACUAUGGUGCUUGGUCAUACAACUCCUCGCAAAUCAGUGCUGGAAUACAUCUCUGGUUUGCCACGGGCGCGACCACGUUCGAUCAAUUUGACUGGACUAAUGGCACGUCAGAAUGGGUGUGGCAACGUCAAUUUCCCGAUGUGAGUGGUUCGGGAGGCGUUGGCUGUCAGACUUGGGAUAGUGGUAUGACUGAGUAUGUCUGGUUUGUCAAUACCAAAGGGGAAAUAGCAAUGUCCUGGAGGGAUAACAACAAAACCCAAAAUGCUACGGAAGACCAUCCAAUUGGCGAAUGGACGGAAGUGCGUGGUCCUAACGGCACCGAUCCGCCCGAUCAGUGGGUUUUGCAGUCGAAUGGUGAAGACGUCUAUGGAAUUCGAUCCACACAUCUCUCAAUAACUGCACUACAGACCGCAAGCACUGGGGCCAACCUGCUCAUUUUCUUCCAGGAGGCGGGCAACGACAUGCGAAUGUAUACAAGAGAUGCAUAUACGCCAGGUGGACUGUGGCAAGCCGCGGCACAGGAUCCUGUCACACCUGCAAAGAGCUCAUAA